ACUACACUGUUCAUCCGCACCGGUGUGUGGCGCUGCGGUGGCAGGUCGCUGUUCACGAACCUGCGCGACGAUCCCCGAAGAACCGUAAACAAAGAGAUCUAGCAGAGCAGGGUCACGGAACCACGGCUAAAAACAUCAACUUGAAAGCAGGACACGUUGUUGGUCGAGCAUGCCCAGUAACACAGCUCAAUUCCUGGAGUCCGACGAUACUGAACCGGAUCUCUCGGUACCGGUACAGAUCUUGAGCCGGAUGAGCCUCCGGGAUGAAGAGAGUCCAUCAGAACUACGUGAUACUUCUCAUCUGGGUGUGCUGGGCGCGGUUUUGGACCUCCAGCCCUUGUCCCAAACUGGAUCAGAGGAGGACAACACCACCACCAACAACAACAACAUCAUCAUCAGGCAUGAUACUGAUCUGGACCAUCUGAGGGCUGAGCUCACAGCCCUGGAGGCCCCGGGGACCGAUGGGCUCUUCCUGGAUGGGACGGGCGAGUCCCAGGGUUACCCGGUUCAGGGGAGCGUGAUGGCGAUGAUGAUGAUGAUGCAGGAGGGUGAGAGGUGUGCGCUCAAUACCAGGAGGAAGAGCGUGAACACAACAGAGUGUGUGAUGGUGCCCACAUCUGAGCAUGUGGCGGAGAUAGUUGGUCGGCAGGGUUGCAAAAUCAAAGCUCUGAGAGCAAAGACCAACACUUACAUUAAAACCCCUGUGAGAGGAGAUGAGCCCAUGUUUGUAGUGACCGGCCGGAAGGAGGAUGUCAUCACAGCCAAGCGUGAGAUUCUGUCGGCGGCUGAGCAUUUUUCCCUCAUCCGGGCAUCUCGGAACAAAGUGGCACCGACGAACAGCAUUCCUUGCCAUCCGGGACAGACCAGCAUCCAGGUUCGGGUGCCGUAUCGGAUGGUAGGGCUCGUGGUGGGGCCGAAAGGAGCGACUAUCAAGAGGAUCCAGCAGCAAACCCACACCUACAUCGUCACACCAAGCCGCGACAAAGAACCUGUGUUUGAGGUGACCGGGAUGCCCGAGAACGUAGACCGAGCUCGGGAGGAGAUCGAGGCUCAUAUUGCGAUGCGCACCGUGGGAAGUGUGGACACCACUGUGGACGAUGAUGAUUUCCACUACAACGGCACUGAUGUCGGUUUCGAGUCGGGUGGUAACGGAGCCUGGGUCUUCUCCGGCGGCGUUUCAAACUUCCGCACCAAUGCUGCAGGCUAUCGCAACGACAGCUCCAGCUCGCUCGGAAGCAACUCUAGCGAGUCCCACUACAGCGGGAAAGGCAGCGCAGUGGCGGAUCUCAGUCCAGGCAACAGCGGAGGCACGUUCUGGUUUGGCGAUUCCCAGUUGCCUUUGGGAACCGAAGAUCCUGCGGGUUACGACGGGCUAACGAUGACGGCGCCGUUGGCCAAUCAGACAUUGUGGAGUGCUCUCGAGCGGGGAGGAGCGAGUUUGCCUACUACACAGAGGUUCUCUCCAUCCCGUCUGUCUCCGUCUCCUCCGGAGGAUUAUCCUCUGAUUCGGAUGGUGCAGGAGAAUUCCCAGAGCCUCCCGGCCUUCGGCUCCGCGUUUUCACCAUCUAGCGACAGCACAGGCUCCAGCUCUCCGCCGGACGUGCGCACUAUCCCCAAACACAGCCAAGUUCCUGCAUGCGUACGCUGCGGAGACAACGUGGCGGCGCUUGUCCUGGGCGGGCAAAACCUUGUUUGUUUGGAGUGUUCCAACUCCAUCCUGCAAAAUGCAUAGAGAGAAGAAAAAAUAGGGAUGGGGUUGGAGAUGGGUUUAUUUUUUACAUUGAAAUACUUCUUCCUUAUUAUGUUGAAAUAACUGGGACAUGCAGGUUUUCGAUUAAUAACCACAGUUGAGUUCAUCUCAAAGGUUUGCGUUUAGCCGUCGCGUCGUUCUUUGCGGUGAUCAGCGCUGGGGUUUAGCAGUGCUAAAUUGCCAUCACUUUUUGUUGUUUUGUUUUCAAAGUAUCGACUUGUUUGUUUACAUUUCCAUGUGCCUGAUUCCACAACGGUGGUGAUGUGGAUUGGCGAUGUUGCUGCGAAAGCAUCUGUGGCCUUUAGUUUCUGUUUCACAACACUAGAGUCGAGCAGUACGAGAUCAUAAAGAGCCGUCCUGAACUCCACCUCAGGACAGUUUUGAGCAUCUCCAGACGCAAUACAAAACCAAAGGGCAUUGCAUGUCCUCAUUAUAAGAAUAGUUCACCCUUAAAUAAAAAUUUGCUGAAAAUCUAUUUACCCUGAGGCCGUCCAAGAUGGAUGAGUUUGUUCCUUCAUCAGAACAGAUUUGGAGAGAUUUAGCUUUACAUCACUGGAUAGCGGACUCUUGUUUUAGAUGUUUUGAAGUUAAAACGUCUUGACGAUGCAACUCUUCACUUCUGACGGCACCCAUUCACUGCAGAGCAUCCACUGAUGAGCAAGUGAUGUAAUGCUAAAUUUCUCCAAAUCUGUUCUGAUGAAGAAACCUAACUCCUCUACAUCUUGGAUGGCCAGAAGGUGACAACAUUUUCUUCUAAUUGUCAAUUUCAGGUGAAAUAUUUUGUGAGCAAAUUGAAUUUGCGUGAAUGAAUUGCUCAGGAAUCAGUUCAUGCAUAAAUUGCUGUUAAACGGUCAAAUAACAUGCAGGUAGUUUUUAGAUCAACUUCAACUUUGCUUGUGUUUCAAACCAAUUUCACAUUCAGUUAAAUGAUGCCAUCCACAUAUUUGUAUGCAAAAGCUGGAUGGAAGAAGUGCUGUCAAAUGAUUAGUCGUGAUUAAAUGUGUAAAUUAAUUAUUUCAUGCACUAGGCCCUUUUUCGUAGCUUGCAUUACAGUACGUGUUUAUGACUCCUCUCUUUGCCUUAAAUGAAUGGGUCCUGCCAGGACAUGGCACGGUGUCGUACCGAGAGGAGUGAGUCAUUUCAGACCUGAGAGGAGUGAUUUUGUAGAAGAUAAUGUGGUAUAAACCUCUCGAAGUGUAGGAUGACACGACUACUUGCCCGUUUAUUUUGCGCAAACACCACUAAACUCAGAGAAACUAAGGCAUCAGAGAUCCAUAACCUCUCAAGAUUCACCUUGAAAGUUUUUCUUUUUGGAAUUUUGUAGUAUUUCUGUAGUUUAUAUUUCAUAUUCAAAUACAUACAUAAUAUAAGUUUUAAGAUAUAUAUUAAGGCUAAAAGGCGAGCAGUCGGCUGCCGUAAGUAUUAGCUUGUAGAGUAUUGAUGUUAGGUACUAUAGAGCAGGAAAGAGCACACCUGCAUGAUUUAUUAUCUAACGAUUCCUAAACUGCAACAAAACAGCCAAGGAUAUAUAUACAUGCUGCAUUAGGUCUGCAUACUACCACAUUAUGAACAAAAUAAAAGUCCUACUUUAGACAUGACUAGGUAUUAUAUGUUUAUCAGAGGGAUUUUUUACCAUCACACUGCAACAAUGUUUCUGUAGUUGAUCAUUUUACUGUUCUUUUAAUAUGUAUAUACAUUUAUGCAGGGACAUGAAGGCAUAUAAGUUGUAUUCUUAAAGUUUAAAAUAUAUUUUAUGAUAAAUGGCCUUACUGUCCUAUGGCCAAAGCACUGAGAUUAUAUAUUUGCUGUAAAAAAAGAAUCAAGAUUUUUAUUUUUCUGAUAUUAAAAGUUCCUUAAUAAAUUGUUUCAUUUAAAACAAA